CAGCUUACGAUUUCGUGCUUUACCAAACAGCGUUCAUUAGUCUAGCCGUGUGCCUUCUAGUGCCAGUUCAGCUUUAGUCUCAACACACGAAUCCUUCGUCCUCUCUCAUAGCUCGCGUCGCGUUCUGUGCUCAAUACAAAUAUGAAGUACUUUGUUGCCAUCGCUCUGCUGUUCGCCGCUGCUCAGGCUGUGCCCAUUGAGUUGGGUCACUAUGGUCCGUCGCUGUUGUCGGUGCAUCAUGCUCCAGUGCUUGCCCAUGCUGUGCAUGCUGAGCCUGUGGCCUAUCCCAAAUACUCCUUCAACUAUGGCAUCAAGGAUCCCCAUACCGGUGACAUCAAGUCUCAGGCCGAGGAGCGUGAUGGGGAUGUUGUGAAGGGCCAAUACUCGCUGGUCGAGCCCGAUGGUUCAGUGCGCACCGUUGACUACACAGCCGAUGAUCAUCAUGGCUUCAACGCCGUUGUACACAAGACCGCGCCCAAGAUCAUUGCCCAUGCGCCCGUCGUGCAUGCCCCAGUGCUGGCACAUGCCCCACUGUUGCAUCACUACUAAACACGCGCGCUCUACGCAGUAGCCGAGUCAUCACCCUUUGGUGCUCUCCAUACAAAACAAACACAAAACAGUUGAUGAAAACAAAAAAAGAACAAGACAAGCUAAGCUCAUAGAAAGUGAAAAUGCAAGAAAAUUCAAUUUUUGUAUGUAAGUAAAAAUUCUAAUAGAUAAGAUGUUUUUUAUAGUACGAAACUAUAAGUUAAAAAAUGAAAACCGGCUGAUCUGGCAUGGCAAGGACGAAGGAAAUACGAAAACAAAAACGCAUAUAACUUGAUCUGAUGUUGAUAAUGUUGAUAAUGUAUGAUAAUAAUGUUUUGGUAACAAGUUGCAGCUAAGCCAAGUGAUGAAGCUGCAGGCAUGCGGCCUAUCAACUCUACUACACUUUUACUUAUUUAACUAUCAAGCUCAACUUUUGUAUUAUAUAUUUAUAACUAUAACUAUCCAUUCAAACGCAUGCCAACUCAUGUGCAGCAGCAAGCAAAGCUACAGACGUGUUAGCAAUUUAUUUGUGCCAUUUUUGCUGCUGGCAACAAAAGCAGCCAAGUUACUUAGCAGGACGCGCUCAACUUUGUUACGCUCUUUUGUAUUUCGAACAUAUUAUCAGCAGCUCUCAUUCACACAACUCAACUCAACUCAUCUUUACCUCUUUAUGCGCGCGUCUCUACCCUCGCGCACUAUCUCGCUCACUCUUAUGCUCUAUUGCUGUCUCCUCAAACACCAACACACACACACACACACACACUCAACCACUCAACCACUCACUCAGUCUGACAUUAAACUCUCUUGUAUCUAGUUUCAUGUUUGCAUUUAGUAUUCAUUCACAAUUCGUGUGUAUUGUAUUUAUAAACAAUUUAUGCCGCUUAAUUAUAAUAUCAUACUUUAUAUAUAUAAACAUAAACAAAAAAUGUUGUACGAAAAGCACAAAAAAAAAACAAACAAACAUUAAUAACUAUCCAAUGUUGUCUCUGUAGCAAAACACAAAACAAACUCUCACAUUGUCUCUCACGCUCACGAGUGUUUCUAUUGUUGAUAAAUAUUCUGUGAAACGAACCGCACAACAAACGAUAUUAUCAAAUUAUAAAAAUGUAUUAAUUGAAAAAGAAAAUCA